CCAAAGUAACUCAGCCAGGUGACAGCUGAGCUAAGCAGGGACUCGACACAGCGUCACUCCGCGCACCGUAACAGACAUUUAUGACAAACAUUAGUCAGUCAGUUACUAAAUUAUCGCGGCAGCUCUCUGGUUUCAGGGUUUUCAGUUUCCCGUUCAAAGCUCUUCCGCCCGUUGUCGCCUGCUAGCAGAGAGGACAUCAUUAACGUAAAGUGUGUGACGUUGCUGUCAUAGCAGACCCGACAAGUUAUUGAAUAUUAGACCAGGUACGUUUAAAAAAGACACCAUCAAUAUGUCAGAACCGGAAGGAGAUGCUAAGUUGGAGGUGGUGAAGCAGGCAAGCAAAGAUGUGAAAGAAAGCGAAAACGUAGCGGAAAAAUAUUCAGCCAUGACCGUAAGCAAGAAUAGUGAAAUGAACAUGGGAGAGCUGUCGUCCGCCUUCAGCGCUGUGCCCACUCACAAGCCGGUGAAGAAGCAAAUCCAGUUUGUGGAGGAUAAGCAGGAGUUCAGCAGGUUUCCCACCAAGACCGGACGUCGCUCGCUGUCCCGCUCUAUCUCACAGUCAUCCACCGACAGCUACAGCUCUGCCGCGUCAUACACAGAUAGCUCGGAUGAUGAGACUUCCCCUCGGGACAAAACUCAGGUGAACUCCAAAGGCAGCAGCGACUUCUGUGUCAAGAACAUCAAACAGGCUGAAUUUGGCAGACGUGAGAUCGAGAUUGCAGAGCAAGAUAUGUCAGCUCUGAUCUCACUGAGGAAGAGAGCUCAAAGUGAGAAACCAUUGGCAGGUGCCAAAAUUGUGGGCUGCACUCACAUCACUGCCCAGACUGCAGUGCUGAUCGAGACUCUGGUGGCUCUGGGGGCUCAGUGCCGUUGGACUGCAUGUAACAUAUACUCCACACAGAAUGAAGUGGCUGCUGCUCUGUCAGAGACCGGUGUGGCUGUAUUCGCCUGGAAAGGGGAGUCUGAGGAUGAUUUCUGGUGGUGCAUUGACCGUUGCGUCAACAGUGAGGGUUGGCAGCCUAACACGAUCCUUGAUGAUGGAGGAGACUUGACACACUGGAUGUACAAGAAAUACCCCAAUGUAUUCAAGAAGAUCAGGGGUAUUGUGGAGGAGAGUGUCACUGGGGUUCACAGGCUGUAUCAGCUGUCCAAAGCUGGAAAACUUUGUGUACCUGCCAUGAAUGUCAACGACUCUGUGACGAAGCAGAAGUUUGACAACCUGUACUGCUGCAGAGAGUCAAUCCUGGAUGGCUUGAAGAGAACCACAGACAUCAUGUUUGGAGGCAAACAGGUGGUUGUUUGUGGGUAUGGCGAGGUUGGAAAAGGAUGCUGUGCUGCUCUGAAAGCUCUGGGAGCCAUCGUCUGUGUUACAGAGAUUGAUCCCAUCUGUGCCCUGCAGGCCUGCAUGGAUGGAUUCAGGGUGGUCAAGCUGAACGAGGUCAUUCGCCAGGUUGAUGUCACCAUCACAUGCACAGGGAACAAGAAUGUGGUGACCAGAGACCAGUUGGACCGGAUGAAAAAUGGCUCCAUUGUCUGCAACAUGGGACACUCCAACACUGAGAUUGAUGUGGCAAGUCUUAGGACCCCUGAGCUGACCUGGGAGAGGGUGCGCUCUCAGGUGGAUCAUGUUAUUUGGCCUGAUGGCAAGAGGGUCAUUCUUCUGGCUGAGGGGCGUCUCCUUAACCUCAGCUGCUCCACUGUUCCUACCUUUGUCUUGUCCAUCACAGCAACAACUCAGGCCCUGGCCCUCAUCGAGUUGUACAAUGCGCCUGAAGGACGUUACAAGCAGGAUGUGUACUUGCUUCCCAAGAAGAUGGAUGAGUAUGUUGCCAGUCUGCACCUGGCCACUUUUGAUGCCCACCUGACGGAGCUUUCUGAUGAUCAGGCAAAAUACUUGGGCCUGAAUAAGAAUGGUCCUUUUAAACCCAACUACUACAGGUAUUAGUCUGCAGGUGAUUUAUAUCUCAGCACACCUUGAUGCUGCGAUAUCCAUCAACACCAUAUCCCUGGGACAAAAGAAAGAUUUAUGUAUAUUGUAUUUUUACUCUUCACAGGAUGCACAGCUUAUAUUUAAUUGUAUUCUACUUGCCACAGCGAGUUUAGCUUGACUUGCUGCUUGUCACGGGACUGCACAUGGCACCCAGCUGACUAUGAAAACUCAGUGUAACCACAGCACUUAUAUCAGCUGAUUAGUGGGAGUUUUAUUUUCUUUCUUCAUACAUGCUGGCUCCUUCAACGGUUCAGAUUAAUAUCAAAUAUUAUAUAAAUAAAUGGUGCCAAAUUGCUGUUACAGGGAAGGGUUAUAGUUGUUGUGAAUGUUAAUGGUAAAUUGUGAAACAAUACAAACUGUAACUUAUUCCUCCAUGUAAUGGGAUGUAAAGGGUCACUCAGACUCACUGAAAGCAUUGGAAACCAGUGCCAUGAGAAGGUUAAGCCUAGUACAACAUUUAAACUCCUGUCUGGUGAGGAAAGUAAAGGUCCAAAUGUUUUUCUCAGGAGUAGGGGGACCAAAUCAGGGCUAAAAAGCCAGUGAAUAUUGGACUUGAUAGGUGACCAGAAACUUCACUCCAUUAGAUGUUGCUGUUUGUCUGCUGCAUAUUUAAGUAGGCAAUUGUUUGCCCACGAAUGAGCCAUACCAGUUUGAUACUCUGGGUUAAUAUCUGGGCCGUGUUUCUGACUUGUGGAGUCAUUCUGUUAUGUGACAACCUUUGGCAAGAAUCGCUUGAUGCAGCAUUGGUGUUUUAAUUUGCUUCAAUGGGGCAGCGUUUACUCACUUCAAACAUUCCAUUUACAGCUUUACAAGCUUUUUUUUCUGUAGUAUCAUCCACAUUAAUGCUUACCUUCAGCCGAUCCAGGCAAAACAUGGUUCUAUUUGACUAUAGCAAACUUCAGAAGGGAGCUUUUCAUUCAUUUCUAACAGAAGAAGUGUCCAUUAAUGAGGUUUUGGUGUCUGGUGAACGUAAUAUCUGCACCUCAGGGCAUUGAAAUAUCUCAAAUGAUUUGUAAAUAUAUAUUUUUACUAUAUCAGCACUUCUCACCUUUAUGAAAAUAAUGAAUAUGCUCAGUCUCAGUGUCACUGUCCUGAAAUUACUAAUUACCAUAGAACUUUAAAACAGCGUAUAUCCACCUCAUCUACAUGUAAACUGCAGCUUUAUAUAAGCUGUGCAAACACAGUGUCACAGACUACAUGUUAAUUGAUGCUACAUACAGUAUGAUUACUCUGUAUGUGCUUCUGAUCAGCUGAUGUCAUUAGGAUAUUUGAUUUUAUAUUCAGAUGGGAUAUUGCAGAUUUAACAACAGAAAAGUAUUCAAUCCCAUAAACCAGGGGUCUAAACAUGGAUAGUCAAUACAUUUACCUUGACAAAUAUUUAAUUUUUUAUCUUCUGUUAUCUUAGUGCAGAACUAUUUAGCUAUUCUAACACAACAGACUUGUUAUAUUUCUAAAUGUGUUUCAUUCUCAAAAGGCUUAAGCUCUGUUUAGUAGGGGUUUUUAAAUGCACAGACUCAUUAUACCACCUUUUCAUCUCUAACUUUAGCUGUAAAAUACUUUUUAAAUAUACCCCUCGCAGGUAGUAGUUGUGUCUUGCUAGAUUUAAAGCUCUUUAACGUUAAUUAUUUUUUGUCUACAGUACAAAUUUACACCAAACAGCUGACAGUGUUACUGUUCUCCUGAAGUAUCGGCAUGUUGUUACCUUGUUAGGGUGUUGCUUCACUUGUAUUCACUGUUGCAUCACCUUGCACCUGAUCUGCAAAAUUACACAUAUCCUUAAAUCGUCUUUCUCUCACUUACUUUAGAAGUUUCAUUGUAAAGUAGCCUACAGUGCUACUAAGAGGUGCUUUCAUCUUUGCACGAGUAGUAUAGGAUGUUCAGUGAGGACAUCAUUGUCAGCAACAUGAGCUCAGUAACUAUGGUAACUGGUCAGUUGACAGUGCCUUGUGAUUCACUUAGUAAUUUAUAUUCACAUGUACAACUGUGUUUUUCUGCAACUUUGAUAAUGCCUGUCAUGGAUAUUAUUCUGCACUAUACUAAUAAUAAGACAGCUAUGCAGCAAAUAUACUCAGUUUUCUUCUGUAAACAGUAUUUCACUUGUGUGAUGAUGGGGGAGUGGAAAUCAAUGUUUCACAGUAGGCAUAUUGAACAAAAAUAUGCAUUAAUGUAAGAUGACUAACAGUUUUAGGCAUAAGCAGGCAACAUUUCACAUGACACAUAUGUGGAUUUACAUCUUAUCUUUAUCUUGGAACAAUAAAGCAAUUUACUUUCCCUGGUCUUUCUUAAUUUCCUUUGGGAUGAAUCUCUUUGGUUUGAACUAAUAACAGCCCUUUCAUACUGAUUUUAACUCUAUUAUGACGGUAGAAUGUGUCAUUAUUAAAGCCAACAGCUUGGAUCUGGUCUAGUUAAAAUAAAUAAGUACUACUGUGAUUUUACUGUUGUUCACUGUUGCUGGUUUGAAGUUUUUGAUGUGGAUAUGAAGUUCUUUAAAUUAUAAAUUAGUUAAAGUAGGCAUAUAUUUUCAACACUGUAUCUGUACUUUAGUUUAAAGAACACAAUUUCAUCAAUAUACACCCUGUUACAUGUCUGUGCACAGUUCCCUUUAAUAAACUGCUGUUUGAAAUUGGAAAAA